GGAUGCGCGGGAUGCGCCGCGGGAGGAGCGCGCAGGGGGCGGAGUGCGGGAGGAAGUCGGCGUCUGCUGAAAGGAGAAAGGAGAGGGAGACGCGGCUGGGUGCGGCGAGGUGAGGCUGGGAGCCGACGGGAGGGCGCCUCCUCCUCCCCGCCCUUUCUGCUGAGGAUGGAAGUGACGAAAGCAACCGAGGAGGUCACUUCCUGCUGGGGUGGAUGAGGAGGAGCCGGAGACGCCGCGGAGGAGACCGGACCGAAGGCUGACCGUGCCGGGGAGAGCAGGAGGGUGAAAAUGAAAGCAGGCUGUAGCAUCGUGGAAAAGCCAGAAGGAGGUGGAGGCUAUCAGUUUCCUGACUGGGCCUACAAAACAGAGUCAUCUCCGGGCUCCCGGCAGAUCCAGCUGUGGCACUUCAUCCUGGAGCUGCUGCAGAAGGAAGAGUUCCGCCAUGUCAUCGCCUGGCAGCAGGGAGAGUACGGGGAGUUUGUCAUCAAGGAUCCAGAUGAGGUGGCCCGCCUCUGGGGCCGCAGGAAAUGCAAACCACAGAUGAAUUAUGACAAGCUGAGCCGGGCCCUCAGAUACUAUUACAACAAGAGGAUCCUGCAUAAAACAAAAGGGAAAAGGUUUACUUAUAAAUUUAACUUCAACAAGCUGGUGAUGCCCAACUACCCAUUCAUCAACAUUCGGUCAAGUGGUGUGGUUCCUCAGAGUGCGCCACCAGUGCCAACAGCCUCUUCCCGGUUCCAUUUCCCACCUCUGGACACCCAUUCUCCAACCAGUGAUAUGCAGCCGGGGCGGUUCUCUGCUAGUUCCCUAACUACUAGCCAGGAGUCCAGUAAUGGCACUGAUAGGAAGGCGGAGCUUUCAGAGCUAGAGGAUGGCUCAGCCACUGACUGGCACCGGGGUAUGGAUCACAUAUCCUCCCGGAACGCUGUCAGUGGCGGAGGGAUCGGCCAUCAGAAACGCAAGCCUGACAUAAUGCUUCCUCUGUUCACCAGGCCGGGGAUGUACCCUGACCCCCACAGUCCCUUCGCUGUCUCUCCAAUCCCUGGCCGUGGAGGUGUCCUUAAUGUCCCCAUUUCGCCAGCCCUCUCCCUGACGCCCACCAUCUUCUCCUAUAGCCCAUCACCAGGCCUGAGCCCCUUCACCAGCAGCAGUUGCUUCUCCUUCAACCCUGAGGAAAUGAAACACUACCUUCAUUCUCAAGCCUGUUCUGUGUUCAACUACCAUCUGAGUCCUCGGACUUUUCCCCGUUACCCAGGGCUCAUGGUCCCGCCACUGCAGUGCCAAAUGCAUCCUGAGGAGUCAGCUCAGUUUUCUAUCAAGCUGCAGCCCCCACCGGUUGGGCGGAAGAACCGGGAGAGGGUCGAGAGCAAUGAGGAAUCGGCACCUGUUGCCGCACCUACCAUGGCUCCUGUCCCUCCAAGAAUUAAAGUGGAGCCUGCCUCCGAAAAGGAUCCGGAGAGCCUCAGGCAGUCGGCACGAGAGAAGGAGGAGCACGCUCAAGAAGAGGGGGGCACUGUGCCGAGCAGGACCAUAGAAGAAGGAAAAGGCACCAUCUUUGCCCGCCCCACUGCACCGCCCAUCUGGCCGCCUGUGCCCAUUAGCAGCCCAAGCGAAGAACCCCUGGAGGUGACUGAAGACAGCGAGGACAGGUCUGGCAAAGAGCCCAGUGCACCUGAGAAGAAGGAAGAUGCCCUGAUGCCCCCCAAGCUUCGGUUGAAGCGGCGCUGGAAUGAUGACCCUGAGGCCCGAGAGCUGAGCAAGAAUGGCAAGUUCCUCUGGAACGGGUCAGGACCCCGGGGCUUGGCGACAGCAGCUGCUGAUGCUUAGAACUGGAAGUGGAUUUGGAGCUGUUUAUACUAUAAUCAAAUACAUACAUGUAUUUAUGUAGCAAGAUUUCAGGGUGGGGGGGAGGGAGUUAGACCGGGCUGAUCAUUCUAGGGGCAUAGACUUGUUAUUUUUAUGUUUUGGGGAUGGGAUCGGGUAUCUUCUGUUGUAAAUUAGGUGGGAUAUGAACACUUUUUUUUUCCUGGUGAGUAGGACACAGGGAGGGUAUUGAACUGAAAGGAGAAGGAGCCUCUUUCCUGUUGAGGCUUACACUUUCUGACAAACAGACUCCUAAAGGGCCAAGAUACUUUUUGGUCCCAUGAUAGUUCAGGUUCCAGACUUCUUUCUUUUCUAUUGUAUUUAUAUAUGGAAAGCCAUUAAUGAGUUUAUUAUGCUCCAAGAGAUAUACAUAAAA